GCGGGCGGCGAUGGCAGGAUAGCGCCGGGCGGCCAUGGCGGGGGGAGCCGGCCCGCCGCUGCCCCUGCUCCUGCUGCUGCUCCGGCUCCUGGCGCUUCCCGCCGGCCGCGCCAACCGCACCGGCCCCGACUCCCUGUAUGUCUCUGAGUACUUCUCUCAGAGUGCACAGAAGCUGUCCUUCUACAGCUGGUAUGGCAACGCCAAGCUCUUCCACUUCCAUGUGCCAGAGGACACCGUGCUGCUGCGCUGGCUCCUGCAGGCGUCCCGGGGGAAGGGACCCGAGUGCACCGACAUGGAGGUCACAGUGCACUUUCGCUACGGGGCGCCGCCGGUGAUCAAUCCGCUGGGCACUCGCUUUCCUGCCAACGCCACCGUCCGUCCUUCCUACAACAUCAGCAUCGCGCUCAGCGGCGCGGCGCAGAACACCACCUUCGUCAACAUCACCACCCCUGCUGCCGGAGACUGGUUCAUUGCUGCCCACCUGCCCGAGGCUGCCGGCAGGAUUGAAGUGAAGGGUUUCUCCACCCCGUGCCCCUACAUAUUCCAGGCAGAUAUGUUUGUGCUCAGACUCACUGACAUGCCCGUCCUGGAGCCUGGGGUUGCCAUGCCACAAACCAUCGUCUCACCUGCUAAGCCACUGCAUGUCAAGGUCUUCGUUCCCAAGCAUGCUGCAGGGAUGCAGCUGGAGCUGCAAAGCUGCGUGACCAGCGAGCAGAAAGCCUGCAUCGUGCGGGUCGUGCUGGGCUCUAUCACGCUGCCCCAGUCCUUCCAGAGGAUUGUCACCUGUGUGGGGAAUGUCACCUGCAGCCUGGCCCUGGAUUCACCCCCCUGGGAGAAGUGGCUGCAGAUCAUGGUGGAGAAUCAUGGUGCCACGAAUGGCAGUGUGUCACUGGUGAUGCUGGCUUCCUUCACAGCUUGCAGACCAGGAAGUUCCAGUUCACUCCUUAGCUUCCUCAGCCUAAACCAGAGCCAAACUGGUCCUAGCCCAGGCAGUGCAGGAGCAGCAGGGAGCUCUGCUGUGUCUGCCGGCGAGGCUUCCCACAACGUGUCUAAGCAGAGGAGCUUCUGCCUGCAGACCCAGCCUGUGGUUCGUGAGGACCUGGACGUGGUGUCCGUGCGCUACAGGCUGCUGAACGGCCCCAGCGUGCCCGUCGGCUCCCUCUCCCCCACCCUCCUCCUCCUCAACCUCAACACUGGCAUGGACAGCGGCGGCUCCCUCGUCAUCAAUCUCCUGCUCAACAAGACAUCCCUGAGCCUGGCCAAUGCCACCGUGGCAGCCUGCGUGAGUGCUGCUUCACCAGUGCUGUCCCUCAAUGCCACGCAGAACUGCAGCACAGCUUUUUUCCAGGGCUACCCUCUGAGCGUGGGAACGUCCUCUGCAGAAGCAAUGCUGAUUGUCCUGUACCCACAGACUGAUGUCUGGUUCCUCUCCCUGCAGCUCCUUUGCCUGAAGGGCCAGGGUGAAUGUAAGGCCACAGAAGCCAAAGUGACCGUCUUUGCAUACCUCACCCCCUGCUUCAACGACUGUGGGCCCUAUGGACAGUGCAGCCUUCUGAGAAGACAUGGCUACCUCUAUGCUGGCUGCAGCUGCAAGGCUGGCUGGGGUGGGUGGAGCUGCACAGACGACACCAAGGCCCAGUCUGUGGGCAUGCAGAACCUGGCCACGCUGCUGCUCACCCUCAGCAACCUCAUGUUCCUGCCGGCCAUCGCGGUCGCCAUUCAUCGCUGCUACCUGGUGGAGGCCUCCGUCUACACCUACACCAUGUUCUUCUCCACGUUCUACCACGCAUGUGACCAGCCGGGCGUGGCGGUGAUGUGCAUCAUGGACUACGACACACUACAGUACUGUGACUUCUUGGGCUCCGUGGUGUCCAUCUGGGUGACCAUCCUCUGCAUGUCCCGAGUGAAGAAGAUCCUGAAAUAUGUCCUGUUCAUCUUGGGGACCUUGUUAAUUGCCAUGUCCCUGCAGCUGGACCGCAGAGGCGUGUGGAACAUGAUGGGUCCCUGCCUCUUUGCCCUCGUCAUCAUGAUUGCUGCCUGGGUUCACCACGGGGCGAAGCGCAGGCACUGCUACCCGCCGUCGUGGAAGCGCUGGGUUUUCUACCUCCUGCCUGGGAUCACCUUGGCUUUCAUCGCCGUCUCGGUGUAUGCGUUCAUGGAGACCAAUGAGAACUACUACUACACCCACAGCAUCUGGCACGUGCUGGUGGCUUGCAGCGUCGCUUUCCUGCUCCCUCCUCGGGACAAGCAUAAGAAGCCCUGGGCCUGGUCACAGAAGCUCACUUGUCGCUACCAGAUCUGCCAGAACGACCGCGAGGAGCUCUAUGCUGUCACCUGAGCUGCUCAGCUCCCGGUCGCAGAGGCGGAGGGCUGGCGAAGCUGCUCUUUGCCUGGGCUGCCCUGCUCUGGCAGCUCAGCAAUCCUCUUGCCUGUUCAUUCGUUAGCCAGAAGAGAGCAGCAGGGGCCAGGUUUAAAGAUUAAGAUGGGCUUGGCUUGUGAAGGCAGGUUUGAGGCCACCUCUGCUUUUCUGCUGGGAUGGGGCCGGCUGCUUGUGGUUCUAGAUGAAGGAAAAUCCUGCCUCCCACUUCCCCAUGGCCCUGGGGGAAAUCGCUGACCCUUCCUCUCCUGCUGCAUCCACGGGCUUAGCCCAUGCUGAGCUGGAGCCAAGGCUUUGGCUGCCAAGCUGUUCUUUGCACCCCAUGUCCUAACAGAGGGCUGUGGGGUGGGGAUUUCCCCUUCCAUCCUGCAACUGGCAUUUGAACCCAAGAGAAGAUUGGGUCUCUUCUGGUGUGAGGAGGCAAAUGCUGCUGCAUGCCCUUGGUGCUGAUGGGACUGGGAGAUGAUCUUGGUGUAUGCUGGACCCUUGGCUCCAUCUGCACAGGGGUCUGGAGCUCCUCCACCUGUGAAACAGAUGCUGCUGCUCUUACCUAUUACUGAUUCUGAGGGGGCAAGGACAAGGCCAUGACUUGGGCCCUGGAUUCAGGAUCAGACUUGAAAGGAACGUGAAGAAAAUUCCGUGUGGGAUCAUGUAAGAAGCAGCAGCAGCAUCUUGCCCAGGGCUGUGCAAUCCCUGGCAGUGCAGCGUUUAGUCUUAAGUUUCACUUCAUCGCGCUUAGCUGGUCUGGAAGGAGCCAGGCUGCUGCACUGUCUGCUUCCUCUCUCAGUGUUCAGGUAUUCACUGUCUUCCUCCCUUGGUGGGUUUGGCAUGAGCACAGCUCUGCCUGGGGCAGCGCAGGUGGUGCAGGAUGGUGUCUGAGCCGUGCACACCCUGCCCCUCCAGCCUGCCCUGUCUCGGAGGCUGGCUGUGCUGCAGAGUCCCGGCCGAUCCGAGCCCACUGGCAGUGUUCCCCCUCAGCCAGGAGCACUGCCGUGGGCUCUCCAGAUGAUUGUGGUCGCCUUUGCAACAUCCGUCUCACCUUAGCCUUACUGUAGGGCACACAGGCAUCAGAAAGCAAACCAGGCAGGCUGUCUUUGCCCCAUCCGUAUUCUCUAGAGAAGGGCUCCUUGCCGUGGUUGAUGUGGUGCAUGCUGCUGGGAGCCUCCCAUCAGGUGGCUUUAGGGAGGGAAGAACUGAUGAAGGAUUUGCCUCCUCGGGGUUAUUUCUUUGCUUUGAAGAGUGCCCAGCUUUCUGCUCAGCUCUGCACUUUAUCCCUCUGCCUCCCCUUCCUCUGCAAACUCCAGCUCUAAGCAGGCGAGGACGAGCACAGGGCACUCGCCUGCACCCGGCCGUGUCGUCCUCAAUGUCCCCCGCGUUUCCUUUCGCUGCCGCCAUCCACGGCAGCUCUGCGGGAAGUGGGGACAUGGGGGCCUCAGGGCUUCCUUGAACUUUGAUCACUUUUAGGCACUUUUCCUCCCCCUGUCUCGGUUUGCACAGCAGCGUUGCAGCCCCGGCCCCGUGGCGGGCGACCGCUGCUCCUUCACAGCCGUGCCGUCCACGCCAGGCUGCCGCUCUGGCCCGGGGGCUGCCGCUUACCAGAGAGCAAUAACUCCUCCUCCGGCUUCCCUGCCGCGGAGCAGGAGCUUUGGGGCGAGAAACCCGGUGACCGUGAUUGUUGAUUUUAUGUUUCAUCACCGAAAUUCUGCUUCCCGCCCCCCUCCCCCCCGGCUCCGGCACACGGCAGUGUUGGGUGCCAAGGGGAGGGGAAGGGUUAAUUAUUCUGGGUAAAAUCUGAGCGAAUUCCUGUGUCUGGGGGGAAAAAAAAAAACAAACAAACCAGAAAAAAAAUGUUGUGGGUUUUUCUUUUCUUUGCUGUUAAUACCUGUGAUUAUUUUAUACGGUAAAUUUUAAAGCUAAGCUUAAGAGUUUUAUAAUUUAAUAAAGGUGAUGGUGUUUGAGGGCA